GGCUGAGGGGGUUGUUUUGUUCUCUGUGAAACUCGUUUCGCUCUCAGGUUUUCUCCUCACCGAAACUCGGGUCGGUUGUACUAUCAGCAGGUUCUCCUGUCAGAGCGGCUUCGGCGGAGGCUUCCUGUGGCUUUCCUGCUCAAUCCCCCUAAAACUGCCCCAGCUGGCUGGAUUCACCUGCUGUACCCGGAGAAGGGCUGCGUGCGCGGGCUGAGCUGUCCGGUAGGGCGGGGACGAUGCGGUGUGCUCGGUUUCGCUGGGCUGUUGUCCUGGUGUUGGCAGGUCUCUGGACAGGUGAAGCACAAGUGUGUGGUCGUGCGCCUCUGGACUCCAGGAUCGUUGGAGGAUAUGAUGCUUCAGAAGGGCACUGGCCGUGGCAGGUGGACAUCCAGAAAUCUACUCAUGUUUGUGGAGGAACGCUCAUCACCGCAGAUUGGGUUAUGUCUGCAGCUCACUGUUUCCCAAAUCCGUCCGACACGUCUUCCUACAAAAUCUAUGCCGGUCGGCUGAGGCAGAACGGCUGGAACCCAUACGAAUCGGCCCAUGAUAUCAGCCGAGUAUUGAUCCCCUUUGGCUACACAGACCCCCAGUUUGGCCAGGAUAUCGCUCUGGUGCAGCUGGCCAAGCCAGUCGUCUGGUCUGACCACAUCCAGCCCAUCUGCGUGCCAGACUCGGACGUGCAGUUCGCCGCAGGCACGAUGUGCACCAUCACUGGCUGGGGCGACAUCAGAGACGGAGUUUCUCUGCAGGGGGUGGGGACGCUGCAGCAGGUGGAUGUGCCAAUCAUCGAUCAAUCUGCCUGUCAGGAAAUGUUUCAGACCCAACCCACUGAGGAGGUCAACAUCCGCAAUGACAUGCUCUGUGCUGGCUUCAAGGAGGGGGGCAAAGACUCCUGCCAGGGAGAUUCUGGGGGUCCGCUGGUGUGUCGAUCACCAAAUGGCACUUGGGUCCAGGCUGGCAUAGUUAGCUUCGGUAUGGGCUGCGCUCAGCCCAACCGGCCAGGGGUCUACGCCAGGGUGUCUGCGUUUUCCACCUUCAUCCAGAGCAAUGUAAAAGAACUCCGACUCUACAGUGGAUCAGUACAGAACUGGGCUAGCUGGGUUAUAAUGCUGACUAGGACUAUACUCGCACUGACCAUGGCACAGCUACUGAGAUAAAGUCACCUUGCAUAAUACCAAAAGAAGGAAAAAUUAAUGACGCUCAGGGCAGCCAGAUAUGAAGAGAUACUGUGAUGACUGUUUUUUACUUUGUCUUUGUGUCCACUGGAUAAAUUUCUCAUGACUAGUGUAAUUUGUCUGAUAAGCAUUAGAGAACAGGAAUUUAGUCACAACUGAUAUGGUGUUUGCACAUUUUAAACGGUAAACUGAAAAAACUGUACAUUAAAAAGUCAAGGAACUUAAAUUGACAUCGCUUUAUACGGAAAGUCAUUCAGCAGUUUGACAGUUUGUGAUUAAGUAUUUAUUAAAGAAAUAAAUAUCCAUGUAUUUUGAUGUAACUGGCUUUUUUACAAUUUGUUUUAAAUAAGUUGUAAAUAAAGUCUGAUAAAGUGAAACUUUCUGUGCUGUAAACUCUUCACAUUUUGGCGCAACCUAUUUGGUGCUGCUUAUUCUCUAUGAAUCACCUGCCAAUAUGUGCCCGUGAGCACUGAUUAGUCAUCUCUUUACUUUUACGAAGUCAUUUUUCUGCCAAAAAUAACCAACAAAAAAAAAGCUACAAAGCUUAGCUAGCUAACAAGUCAUAAAUGCUGAUACCUCUCCUGUUAGCAUCAUGCUAACUGCAUCCAU